CCUGGUCCUAACGAAGCUAUGGACCACUGCAGCAUGCAUGCUGGCGCAAGCAAAGAAGAAGCGACCUUUCAAGAGAUAUUGAAGGACAUUCCGAGCUGGCAGCUGCUCAAGCGUCAACAUGAAACAUGGCCCAAAAAUCCUGAACUCCGCUCGCAUCUUUGUUGGCGAUCUGGAGUUAUUCAUGGUCAACAACUUGAGCGCGCUAGCUGUGUUUCGAAAGCUGUAGCAGGAGAGGCGAGAACUUUUCAAACCUAAAAGGGACACUGUAUUUCACAAGAUUGUGCAUGGGCUUGAAUGCAACAGGAGUGAAGCAGUGAAAUCUCCCUUUUAGUACGCCUGGGCUGAAAAGCUGAGAAGGUUGGAGAAGGUUUUCAAGGUAUGGAAGGAGUCAGUCAACCGAUUCUGCAUGAGAAGCAGAAGCUGCAGUUGUGCCUGAAGCACACACUGAACAACCUCUUGCAGGGGGAGCACACCUUCACGCAGCAGGAGCUUAACAAUCUCGCGGACUCCUUGGAUGAUCCCCUCGCUAAGCAAAGCGGGCCAAAGGCAUCAGCCUGGUGGCCCUUCCACGCACAUCACAAUUCAUUCAUGGGAAACUAUGAUGUCAACGUGCUUAUGGCUGCUCUGGCAGCUGUAGGAAAGGAAGUGACUUGGCUAGACAAGCGGAAGGGUGUGGAAGGUUUCAAUUUCGAGACGGGGGAGCUAGACAAACCUGCAGUCAUAGAAGAGUCCGAUAGUGGUAGGAAAGACCUUGUGGGGUUCAUCUUGAAUGUGAAAAGGAAGUGGGCGGGCCUGAUACCCGGCAGACACUGGAUUGCCCUGAGGAAGAUUGAGGGCCGUUGGUACAACCUGGACAGUGAUCUGAGAAGACCAUCUGAAAUUGAUGGAGGAGAAGAAGGGCUGCGACUGUUCCUGCAGGAAUGUUUGUCCAAACAAGGAUCAGAACUGCUUAUAGUGUCGGAAACAAGGCAUGAUGGAAUUCGAAGUUAAGUGUACGUUCUAAAAUUAGCCUGUGAUCUCGCCCGGCAUGUACUUGCAGUGUGGUCAGCGUGGCGGGCUCGCGCACAGCUAACGAAGGCGAGUCACUGGGAGUAAUGGUAGGAUAUACGACCAUGUGGCAUUUCAUUAAUUGUUGCGUUUGAUAAGAUCAUUGUCUAUGAAGGAGUACCGCAUGCCCCUACUUCAUAUGCUUAAGCAGCUCGGGCCGACAUGGAACAUUCUGCAACUAUAGCUUCUCAUAUAUCCGACAUAAAACG